CAGGAGUGGCUGGUCACGUGCCCCGAACGUCCGGCGUUCGCCCCUCCCCCCGGGUUUCCGCGCGCCUCUUUGGCAGCUGGUCACAUGGUGCGGGUGGGGGUGAGGGGUCCGCUCUAGCUUGCGGCCUGUGUCUAUGGUCGGGCCCGUGCGGUCCAGCUGCUCCGGACUGAGCUCGAGUGUAUGGCUCCGCAGAAACCGGCUCCUGGGCCCCGAUAACGGUCCGCCCCCGCAGUCCCCGGCGCGGGGAGAAGCUCAGACCAUCCGAACUCUGGAAGGGAAUUUCGGUGGUAGGAGUCUCUGUGAUUGUAGGGUCUUCUCUGAUCUGAGAAUGGCUACCCCUCGGUAUGAGCCAGUGGCUGAGAUUGGUGUUGGUGCCUAUGGGACGGUGUACAAGGCCCGUGAUCCACACAGUGGCCACUUUGUGGCCCUCAAGAGCGUGAGAGUCCCCAAUGGAGGAGGUGCCGGAGGGGGCCUUCCCAUCAGCACAGUUCGUGAGGUGGCCUUACUGAGGCGGCUGGAGGCUUUUGAGCAUCCCAAUGUUGUCCGGCUGAUGGAUGUCUGUGCCACCGCCCGAACUGACCGGGAGACCAAAGUGACCCUGGUGUUUGAGCAUGUGGACCAAGACCUACGGACAUAUCUGGACAAGGCACCCCCACCAGGCUUGCCAGUGGAGACCAUCAAGGAUCUGAUGCGCCAGUUUCUAAGAGGCCUGGAUUUUCUUCAUGCCAAUUGCAUUGUUCACCGAGACCUGAAGCCAGAGAAUAUCCUGGUGACAAGUGGUGGGACAGUCAAGCUGGCCGACUUUGGCCUGGCCAGAAUCUACAGCUACCAGAUGGCACUUACACCUGUGGUUGUUACACUCUGGUACCGUGCCCCGGAAGUUCUUCUGCAGUCUACAUACGCAACACCUGUGGACUUGUGGAGUGUUGGCUGUAUCUUUGCAGAGAUGUUUCGUCGAAAGCCUCUUUUCUGCGGAAACUCUGAAGCUGACCAAUUGGGCAAAAUCUUUGACCUGAUUGGGCUGCCUCCAGAGGAAGAUUGGCCCCGAGAUGUGUCUCUACCCCGAGGAGCCUUCCCCCCCAGAGGGCCCUGCCCAGUGCAGUCGGUGAUCCCGGAGAUGGAGAAGUCUGGAGCACAGCUGCUGCUGGAAAUGCUGACUUUUAACCCACACAAGCGAAUCUCUGCCUUCCGAGCCCUGCAGCACUCUUAUCUACAAAAGGAGGAAGGUAACCCAGAGUGAGCAAUGGAGUAGCUGCAACAGAACCAAGAGAAGCUGUCAUUUACCUUCCUUUGAACACUAGAGUGCAGAGCCUCCCACUGAGAAGGCGCUCUGUGUCUUUUUAUCUGAGGCUGUGGAGACACUUCCUCCAACUUUUUACAGAGAAUAUCUUGCUGGCUGCCUUAAUGACAUUCCCCUCCCUCUCCUCCUUUGGGGAUUAUCCUUCUCCUGCCCUCCUGUUUCCUUAUACCAAGGAGCAUGUCCCUUGUUCUCCCCUUCCUUACCUUGAUAUUGGGAUCCUUUUUUAUACGGGGGGAAAAAAACAAAACAAAGAAAUAUGGUCUUUUUUUU